CUAAAAUGUUAACUACAGUAUAAGUUAAAAAAUGUUUUGGACAUGAUUGACAAAGUUUAAAGUAAAUUUAAGAAAGCAUACAAAUAUCAAAUGCGCAGUUGGUGUAUAUGUUAAAUACACCAUGUGUGUUAACAGCUUAUUACAUAUAAAUAUAUAUCUAUUAAAAUAUAAUAGCAAAUGAGAAUGUUAUGCUGUUACGUGGAACUUGGUCACACUCCGCGCACAGGGUGUUUCAAUUGACUAUACUAAAAUGCCGGGUGAGCGUGCUUGGCGAAAGUUGUUAAAGAAAGAGCAAAGAAAGCGCCGUCGACAGAAAUAUGCACGUGAGAAUGAAAAACAACAAGAGGGAGAUCCCGAGUAUCAGCAAUGGCUGAAGCAGCAAAUGGAACUGGAAGAAUUCCAACGUUUAGCAGACGAACGCGUACAGCAGGAUGAGGAAAUAGAGUGGCUGCGUCGCGAGGCACUCGCACAACGUCAGUUCCGCUUAGAUGCGGCUCAGCUGCGCCAGCAAGAGAUGGAAGCCGAACGCUUGCGUGUCCGUCAAUCCGAAGAGUUGGCUGCAUUGCAGCACGAGCAGCAUAGGCGGCAAGAAGAGCGAGAUAGACUGGCCACUGAGGCAGCUGCGGAGUUCGAAGCAAUGAUGCAACGCAUGCAGGAGUAUAUGGAUAACGCAGAGCAGCACACUCCUCCCUCUGAAUUACGACGUGUGGUUGAAACGCAUCCCGAGGAGCGUUUAUGCGAAUUCUUUACGCGCACUAAUUGCUGUCGCUUUGGUCAGGCGUGCACCUUUAAUCACCGUCGUCCGAUGCUAUCGAAAAUCAUUUUGAUUCGCCAUUUCUUUAUACAUCCAUUGCUGCAAGUUGCAGACACAAAAACUGAGUAUGCCAAGUCUGAUGAGCACUUGGAGUUAACAGAUCAUGACUUGCGUGCCGACUACGAUGAGUUUUUCAAGGACGUUGUUGGAGAACUGGAAAAGUUUGGCAAAAUUGUAAAUUUUCGUGCUGUUCGCAAUACGCUGCCCCAUCUUCGGGGCAAUGUUUUUAUCGAGUACGCUCAGGAGCGCUUUGCAUUGCGUGCAUUUGUCAAUUUGCAGAGUCGUUACUAUGCCUCCAGACGGCUUAAUGUUGAGUUCUCCAAUUUGAACGCUUGGCGUGGCGCUAUUUGCGGUUUGUCCUUAACACGCAAAUGUCCUAAGGGUUACAGCUGUGGGUAUCUCCACUUAUUUCGCAAUCCCAACAAUGUCUUCAAUGUCAACUUGGAGACACAUACCACUCCAAGCAGUGUUCGAUCCCAUAGUAAUACGCCCAGAUGCAGAGCACCUAGCUGGAAUGAUGAUGAGAAGGAAUCUCGUAACUGGCGUUGGUCAGAGAGUCCCGAGUUGGAUCUAACGAAUUCUAAAUCAAAAAUGAAUAGAUCACAUCGGAGUAGCGAACGUCGCUCUAGAUCCAAGGAAGAUGACAAGAAUAAUAGUAAAAAAUCAUAUUCCAGACGAGACUAUCAACCGCGAAGUAAUAAUCGAAGUAGCUCCCAUAAAUUAAAAAGCCAUAAACUUGAUAGAAGUCGCUCCCGUUCACCAGGUCGACAUCGUCAUGCUUCACGUCAUCAUAAAUAUAAUCGUGAAAUAAAUCAAGGGUUUUCCCCAAAGAUGAGUCUUCAACUGAUGGAUACAUUUAAAUACAAAGUUGCUGAUAAUAUCGUCUCUUAAGUAAGUCUCAUAUAA